AUGGCGGUUUAUCCAACUCUUCUGAUUCUUUCAGUUCUCGUCGUCGGUUCCUUCCACGAACUGACCGAAGGAAGAAAUCUUCAGAAGGUAAGCAAUGAAUGAAUUAUUCGACGAAUUUUCGAGAUUUCUGGUAACCUCUAAGAAUCAAAUUCACAAUAGUUACUUGCAGCUGGGAACCACAGCCACGUCGUCAGGAAACAUGGACGCUCAGGCCGAGAUCUCGAAGAGAAGCGUUGAUGAAACUGAGAAGCUCGCGCUCAUUCUCCCCUCCGGCCGUGACGAAUUGCACCAUAUCAUCUACUUCUGCAUCUUAAUUUCGAUUGUGUAAGUUUUCUCAAAUCUUUUAUCUUUAGACUUGUGACGGGCUCGGCUCACGGCCAAAACUUUACAAAAUUUUGAAAAAAAAAAGUGUCUUAAAGUGGCGGAGCAAUAGUUCGCAAUGAUGACACCCAGUUUUAGUAACCUUGCCGCACUUUUAGACACUUUUGCCAAAAAUUAGAUAAAGUGAAACUUCGGGACCUGCCCGGAAUCUUCAAAGUCUGCUAAUCUUCAACCAGUAUACGUUUCCAGGCUCAUCCUCAUUGCCCUCAUCCUGUGCUACCGUCUCCAUGCCGAGAGACGCAUCCGUCGCGAGAGACUGGUCGUUCAACACGGAAUCCGCAUGAUCCAGCACGGAAUCUUCGACAUGACGGAGGUCCCAAUCCAGAGAACUGCCUACGGAGAAGACUCAAUCAUGGUGCCUCUCGCUGACGAGGAGACGCUCACCGAGGACAACAGAAGCGAGAUCAUCGAGGAGGACCUCCAUAUCACUAUCUAA